UCGUAUCGGGAACUUCAGCCCUAUCAUGAGCCUGCGUGUGGCUCAGUUGCCCAGAAUGUAGUGCAUGCAUGCAGGACAGAUAACCGAUGAGAGAUACAGUAACAUACUUGUAUAUCGUGGCUUGAAGGAUAAGGUCAGAUUCACCACUGUAGUAACCUUUGCCAUUUCGUUGUCAACGGUAUUGUGUUUAUGGAGUGAUGGUAAAAAUACAGGCAACUACCCAAGCUUAAGCCGGUACCCUUCCUAUCGCAAAGCAGAAUAGAACAUGAUAAAUGCCAAACGCCAUAUGAAAACAUGCAAGAAAUAUCAGGCCUCUUCAGAAAUUCUGAUCGGCGUAUUCCCAAAGCUUUCCAAUCCCCUGCUGAUAAUACCGGCCCCGCCACCGCCCCCGCCGAUUUCCAGGCUUCCCCUAAGCUUCUCGUAUUCCUCGCUAGCCUUCUGAAGUCUUUCCUGGACCAUGGCCUCCCUCUCUGAUAUUUCUUGCUUCUCGGCCUGUAGCGCUUCCAUCUGCCGAACCUUCUGUGCCUUCUUGAAUUCCAUAGCCGCAAGUGUCUCCUCCAGCCUCUGUAGUGCAUCAUCAAGAUUGGGUAAUGGCGUAACGCGCGGGGGCUGUCUGGAUAACAUCUCAAGAUCCCUGGAUAUCCCACCGCCCGAAGAAUUCGAGAAAUCUCCCUUCUUGAGUUGGUCCUUUUCCCAUUCCUCCGCCAAGCUGUCCCGAGAAUCUGAAUCCAUAUCCAUCGAAUCGUCGUGGACACCCUCCGCCUCUUUGAUAGCAUCUCGAAUGUUCUCCCGUCUCUUCCGAUCGUGCGCUCGUUGCGCGGCUUUGCCGCCCAGCACUAUUCCGCCGUCCUCAAUGAAUUUUUCUAGUUCCUCUUCGUCGUACAUGUUCUCGUCUGCCCGCUGUACCCUCGAUUCCUUCUUUUUGCUCUUCAGAAGAAUCUCCCCAUCCCCAUCAUCACUGCCCAUGUUUAGGGAAAUGUAAUCUCCAGCCUUGGCCCUAGCAGCCUUUUCCGCUCGUCGAGCUUUCAUAGCCCUGACCCAACCCUCAUCCGGAAUAACUGUUCCUUGUUUCGACGAUUCUCCGUAUCUGGCCAAUGCCGUGUUCUUGUUUUUCUUGGGGAUAUCCGCUGCAACCACAUUCAUAUCCACAUCUUCAACCUCCAAGUCUGUAUGUUGAGACAACGGUAUCACGGGUGUAUUGCUCCGUAGCUCCUCCAGGUAUUCCUUCGAGUACGUGGGUCUAUCAGCACUGGGUGUAAGAUUGAGAUGCUCCAUGCCUAUUACUCCGGCCGAGUGACCCGAUUUCUUGACGGCAUUUCUCUCGCUCGCCUUCCGGCUUAAGGCCGACUUUUUGAGAGUAAAGACCUCACUUUUUUCAUCGCCAGCAGUGGAAGUAUCGGGGCCGAAGGAUAACCGUACGCCGGAGCUCUUCUUCACUUUUGGGCGAGCUAAAUUGCCUGCAGUUCUUAAGUUUAGUGAGUUGAAGGGUUUAGGGCAGGAUUAAUGCAAACCUUGGGAUUGCUUUGUUGAUUUCAGAGGAGCUUUGACUACUUUCGUUUGCUCCUCUUCUUCACUCUCAUCAUCUCGCGCGACUACUCUCCCCUUUGGACGUCGUGAAGCAGAGGUGGGGGGCAUUUCAGUUAUUUGCGGUGGUGUUUGGGGGAUCCAACAAAUCUGUAGACUGCUUAGUCUACAGCUCGCUUGCCAAAGGUCUUCGACCAUGGGUCGCCAAGCCCACAAGCUCUUAGUAGCAAGAGCCGCUCCGCCUCAACGUCAACUUCAACACACCCAUCCCCUCCAAACUUGUCACGAUGCCCCAAGCACAACCUGAACUCAAAAAAGUAACUUACCCUCGCUGUGUUCAUCUUAAUGGGUGUCAGGAAGAACAGUUGCUAACGUUUGAAUAGUAUCUCGAUAAGCGCCUUUUCGUUCAAUUGAAUGGAUCCCGCAAAGUCAUUGGCGUGCUUAGAGGAUACGAUGUAUGUUUGAUCCAUCCGUUCGACCACCACAUUGCCCCUUCCUGGGGAUCCACGGUACUGAGUAUGACCCUUGUAGGUAUUUUUAAACAUCGUCCUUGAUGACGCUGUUGAAGAGAAGGACGGAGGUGAGAAAGUACGCAUCGGAACGGUGGUGAUCCGGGGAAACUCAGUUGUCAUGCUAGAGGUACUGUCACUGCCCUUCCCUAGCCGGAACUCUGGCCUUUAGACUAACAUCUACCUAGGCGUUGGAGCGAAUAAACUAGUCACGAUUGGAGAGGGGGUGAUAGAUAGGCAUACACAACAAAUUAAUGCCCCGGCCGAACGCGAUCACUUUUUCUUUCUAUCCUUAGUUGGGACGCUCUUUUUCUUUUCUUCUCGUACAAUAACAUCACAAAUGGUGUGAUACUUUGAGCUGGUCCGGAAUGGGUAUUGACAAACUCUUAUUUCUUGGACCUGGUACGAGUUUUGUCACCCUAUUAUGAUUAGACUCUGGCUGAUCCGUAUACCUCCUCCUCUCCAAAAUGGUCAGGCCACGUUACUUUCCUAAUGGCCAUUUGCAGCCCACCCCCAGAGUGACCUUUUACCCAUUAUAGCCCAACCUGAAGCGCAGUCUGCUGGGUAUGGGUCCCGAAAGAGAAAAAAUUAAAUGUCUAGCAGACUGCCGACACUAUCCAUGCAUUGCGUGUGUGGGUUUUUAAGCACCAACCCUGAACAUCAGUAAGAGUCUGUCGAAAUAACCAGUGAUAAAUGCUCUCUGCCUAGCCGAUUCUAGGGACGCGAAACACAAUAGUAAAGACCGCUUGAGAAAGCUGCAGCUGAUUGGUAGGUGAUUAAAUGAUUCAAGAUUAUUUUCCCGUCCUAUCCCAAGAGGCCCAGGUCAUGAUAUGAGAUGAAUGGACCAUCCGAGCCUCAUAAGGUGAAGGUUAGGGUUGCUGCUUUCCCGGGGAAAUCGCGUGCAACGGCCCGCAUUCCCAAGCCCACGCUCAUCGUUAGAACUUCGUAAGUCUCAUAUCGCCUGCUUAGCACGCCCCCCUAUCUCGGAUCUCCACGAUCGCCUCCAUUUCUACCUAUUCGCCGGCCGAACCCUCUAUAUCGCAUAAUAAUUGUUACCCUGUUUUUCUGGCGAGAGUUCUUCCCCUUGGGAUUCCACCAUGAAUUGCCCAACUCGUGAUUCGAACCCCUUGAAUCUUGACGGUUGAACCUCUCCCGAUCCAACGCAGAGCGCGUGUCUUUACGAAGACUUGGUUAACUUUGAACAGGAUUCAACCAAAACCCACCCUACCUUGCGCCGGAGCUUACCACAAGAUCAUCCCUCGUAUGUUGCGGUUUCCCCCAUCCCUAGCCGAAAUGCCCUGCUAAUAACGGGGGUCAAGGUUUGUGGCGGCAAAUCCGAUGGAACCUAUAAUCUACCGCUACAUGUGUUUGCACUUUUUAUAGUGUUAUUCCAAAGCAUAUUAUGUUUGCUCAGCCCCUCCGAACUUCUUUCCAAGUCCUUUGCCAGCUCCAUUCUUCUACUCUCGGGUGUUGAAUUGGAACCUCUCUGCAGCGUUGGUCCCGGAGCUACGGUUUCCAGGCAGGAGGUACAUACCGUUGCUAACGAUUGAAUACAAAUCCAGCAUGCUCAUUCCCGUUGAUUGUGAAGAGGUUCCCACAGCUACGGGCCCCGCGACAAUUCCUGUACGAUUCUUGGCUCCUCUUUGAUGCUAGUUGGUCCCUUAUUGACAAUUUUGUAGAUUUCUAUCCAGACAGUGAUCCCCCCCUCCUCACUACCCGAUUUGUUGACUUCGAGCUACCUCUGAUUUCCAGGACUUAUGUUGACAUAUUCGCAGUUUUGGCACUGGUGUUCUUAUUGCCACGGCUUUUGUCCAUGCAAGUUACCCGGAAAAUAUUAUGCUUACCUUCGAUAUCACAGUAAGCUAAUGUUUACCAUCUACUGCUUAUAGCUUCUGCCCACCGCUUUCACCUCUCUGACUGACCCAUGCCUACCACCCUUCUGGAACGAAGGGUAUCCUGCAAUGGCAGGUCUGAUUGCCAUGGUAGCAGUUUUUGUGGUUGUUGUGAUUGAAAUGAUAUUUUCAUCAAUGAACGGUGGUGCAAUGGGUGGAUGUCAUUCUGGGCCUGGAGGGAUUUAUGACCCUCUCGCCCUGUCCCCACCUCUAGCCGAAGAUAGGAGAGGCACUGAGGAACAGGAGGAGAUUGGUGCGGUAUUACCCGAAUCAGUGACAGGAGGGCAAGGCACCAUGAUGUCGAUGAGGCCCCGCCACCGACGAAGUACUAGUAUCGGUAUCCAGUUACAAAAGAUAGAGCAAACAAGAGCCCAUGUAGAUCUGGAUGCCAUCCCUUCCUCCUCGACUGAGGAUCUUUCAGCUGACACUGACCAACUCUUGCGGGAUGACGAUGGAGUUUACGACAAGGCCCUAUCCGAUACAGAAGUUGAGGAUGGAGAAAACUACGAGCCAGAAACUAGGACUGUAAAUAGGAGGGCUCGGUCUCAGUCUAACUCUAGCAGUAGUCAUAGGCAUAAUAAUAUUGGCAGUCGCUUAACAGAAGCGCAACUGCAGCAAAAAAAUUUGCUGCAGGUAAUGUUGCUCGAGGCGGGUAUAUUGUUUCAUAGUGUUUUCAUUGGUAUGAUUCUCCCUAUAGCAUACUCCGUGUGACGAACUGGCGCCAGAAAAAGCACUGCAAUAUGAAUAUUAUAGCUUACUCUUUAUAGGUAUGGCACUAAGCGUUGCUACUGGGUCUAAUUUCGUUGUAUUAUUGAUUGCUAUCACUUUUCAUCGUGGGCCCCCGUAUGCAUGCACAUUCAAACAUUUCUAACUCAAACUCUCUGUAGAAACCUUCGAGGGCCUAGCACUUGGUUCCCGCAUCGCAGGCCUAAAAGCAUUCGGCAGCGGUUCCUGGAAACCCUGGUUAAUGUGCUUAGCAUAUGGUACCACAACUCCCAUCGGGCAAGCGAUCGGUCUCGCGACCCGGAAGCUAUAUGACCCCGCAUCUCAGGCCGGCUUGUUAAUGGUCGGGAUCAUGAACGCUAUUUCUAGUGGACUGCUUUUAUUUGCCGGCCUUGUUGAGCUGUUAGCGGAGGACUUCCUCAGCGAUGAGAGCUACGUUGUGCUUACUGGGAGGAGAAGACUCCAAGCUUGUGGAGCAGUGGCUGCUGGGGGGUUUGGAAUGGCGCUCAUUGGUGCUUGGGUAUGCCUUCUCCUUUCUUUCUUAUGGUUUCCCAGCAGGACGAGUGAUUGCUAAUGCGUCCUAUUGUUACAGGCUUAGGUGGGCUACCCAUCAUAGGUAGUGCAAGGGAGAUUUAUUGGAAACUUUUUAUAACCUUUUUCACAUUUUGUACCAUAUCUCCCUUGAGCCAGUUUCUUUUUCUGUCCCACUAUUUUCUCCUCUCCCAUCCCCUAAUUAUCUGCCGUGCCGGCAGUCCAAUCCUUCCAGGGUAAUUUCCCAACCCGCUCAGCCGUAGCAUCGCCUCAACCAGGACAUCAAAGAAUAGAAUCCCCUUGGGGGGCGUCGUAACCCCCACAACACCGUUAGGAUCUCCCCAUAUUUUGCAAUCUGCAGGCCAAAUGGUCGUCCCUACGCCCACCUUUAAAGUACGCGACCAAGUGUUCCCCGAGUGAUACUCUGUGCCGCUUACGCACCCACGUCGGUGUGUGCACGCCGAUUUAGGAAAGCGGCGCCGAAAAGCCCACCGGCCACAUUACCAGGUACGGAGUAGUUGCCUGCAGUUUACCAAUAAUUGACGCCCGAUACAUGUAGGGCGCGGUACGAUGAUUGGCGGGAUAUUUGUCGGGUUUCAUUAAGGUUCUUGGAGAUGGAGAAGCAUGGGACAGGGGGCAUUAUGUGUGGUGGUGGUAAAUGUUUUUGACCCUGUGAAGGGGGGUUCGUGAGAGUCUUGUGCUAUGCUCGGUUAUUGGGGAUCUUUCGCUAUCAUACGAAUGGCACGGCUGGAUGGGGAUUGGUGUAUUGUUCUGGCUGUGAUAUCGCGGUGUUGUCGAUUCGUACUUCACAGGUGUGAUUUUUUUUCCCCCUAUCCCCCCC